AUGGUCACUGGAGAACAGCUACAAAACUAUGAUCAAAAUGAAUGGGAUGUACUUCUGAAGCACAAAUACAUUGUAUUCGCGAGGACUAACCCCGAGCAAAAAUUGCUGAUCGUGCAAGAAGUUCAACGACGUGGCGAAACCGUGGCGGUUACCGGAGGAGGCGUUAAUGAUGCUCCAGCGCUUGCACAUGCAAAUAUUGGCAUCGCUAUGGGAUUGUGCGGAAGCGAUAUUGCAAGGCAGACAGCAGAUAUCGUGCUGCUGGACGACAAUUUCGCUUCGAUUGUGAUGGGAAUCGAAGAGGGUCGACUGCUCUUUGAUAACUUGAGACUAUCCCUGGCCUAUACCUUCGCUCAUCUUUGGCCCGAAAUUUUCCCUAUUAUGCUAACCUUCAUCUUAGGACUACCAUUGGGUCUAUCCCCAAUGCAGAUUUUGUCUAUCGACCUGGCCUCCGAAAUGCCGCCAGCGGUUUCAUUGGCCUAUGAACAACCGGAACAAGACAUUAUGCUGACACGACCAAGAAGUCGUAAAACUCGUCUGCUUUCCAAAAACUUACUUGUUUAUGCUUAUCUAUUUGCUGGAACUGGUAUAACUAUUGGUUGUAUAGCAGCGUAUUUGAGCGUAUACUGGUACCACAAUAUCACCUUCCAAGACCUGCUUUUUACCGCUGAACACCAUUGGAAAGUCGGAGCGGCUAAUUUCACAACCAGUGACGGCGUAGUUUAUGAUGAGAAUCAACAAUUAUUUAUCAAAGGCCAAGCAGCAGCUGCUUGGCAAAUAGUGCUAGUCAUGUCACAGGUAUUCCAUCUUUAUAAUUGCUCAACUCGACGUAUUUCUGUGUUUCGACAUGGGAUUACCAAUGUGAUGUCUAUAUUUGCUGUGAUUGUAGAGAUUCUACUACUGGUGAUGUUCGUCUACACGCCGGUUAGCCAGUAUUUCAUGGACAUACAUGCCCCGCCUCCACAUGUUUGGGCGAUAGCUCCUCUUGUUGGACUAUAUUUAUUAGCGUACAAUGAAGCUCGCAAAUACCUCGUUAGGAAUUAUACGAAAAAUAAGCUUAUUAGACUAUUGAAAUGGUAGUUGUUGUUUAUGACGUUUGCCAAAACGCCAACAUAAGGUAUGCUCUACGUUUACGGGU